AUGUUUGUAGACGUUCGCCAUGGUCUCACAGGAGAAUGGUUGCUCCAGAUGGAGACUGACUCAAAUCUGUCAGGUUGGGACGUGAUGAUUAAGGUUGCAGCCUUCUUGGGCCUGGAGACGCCUUAUCAAAUCACCGUGAAUCCUGAGAGGACGACAACUACUAUGUCUCCGCUACAUUUGAUACGACCGGAUCCUCUGACAGAGCGUCUAGAAACGUACUUCAUUGUGCGUCCUAUGCAAUACCCAACGGCAACGCACUAUCGGCAAUUGAUAGUAGCACUGGAUCAGAAGAAUGCAGUGGAGCUGAGUGACAUUCUUAGUCACGGGUUGGACUUGAGCCUCACAGUCCCUGAUGGAGGCCAUACCAGUGCAUUACUAGCACUAGCAAUCCUACGAGAUCACGACCCUGAAGACUACACAGUGGCCAAGGAUACGAGGCCUAUCAAGUACCCAAGCCCCAAGGCAUGCCUCACCUUUUUGAUCCUGCAGGCUAAAGCUGAUCCCAACAUUCUCCCGCCAAAACAACAACCAACGACAAUGAUUGCCCUUGCAGUCGCUUUGGGCAACCAGGCACUUGUCGAGCUGCUCCUUGGGGCAGGAGCUGAAGUACACCCAGAAGCUGCCAUGGUCCCACCGUUAACCAUUGCAGUGCUUAAUCAAGAUCGAGGCAUCGUUCGAGCCCUUCUCAGGGCACUUGCAGACCCGUGGCGAAGCGUGCAUGUAGGUGCACUCUUAGAUCGACCGUGGAGCAAGUGGGUCUUUUCGUGGCAAGAGCCAGUCAGUGCAGUGCAGGUCGCGGCAGCACAAAGCUCCACUGGCGCUUGCACCGACAUCUUGAUCAGUGAAUCGGUCCUGCAAGACGAGGUAGGGAUCAACUGGAUCUCCCCUCAAUACCAGCCGGUGACCUCAGUCCUCUCGGAGCGGGCCACUAUGGUACUCUCCCGGGCAAUUGAGGACUACCGGCAACACACUGGGCCCCACAAGCCGCGCCUUGAACAUGAAUCACUCCGCUGGCGCAAGAUUAUGGCAGGAUUAUACCUCCCCGCACUGCCUACAGCGCGACACCAACCACAAGAGAGUCGAGAACUCCACUGCCCGCUACUUCAACAGGUCGACUAG